UGCCACGAUGUCGAUCGGCUGGCCAAAGACGAGAGAUGAGAAAAAUAGAGGAACCGAAAGCGCGGCUUGUGAUGGUUGAAAAAAUUAGCACCGAUCGUUGAUCAUUAGCUCGGGAACGGUGGCAACGCAAACACACGAUCGGCGGCAGCGCUAAACUCCAAUCUCGAAUCUCGGCUCGAAUCAAAUAUCUUGAAAAUUUGGAAAAAAUUUCACGCGGCUGUAUCUUGCUACUUCAAUCCGAACUCAUACGAUAGUGAUCCUUGAUAAAGUAAACCCUCGAGGAAAAUAGUGCUAGAAAAGUGCGUGAAACUAAACUAAAAUCUAAAUCUAAACCUAAACCAUCUUCACAAGGAGUUUCCCACUGGAUUAUAUCAAGAGCGCCGAAUUUCGGCGUGAAGCAGGUUACCAAAUUGCUGACAUGACCACAUCGCACAUCCUGUCCGCCGUGGAUCCAACAACCGGACUCAGUGGCAAUGUUUCGGGCGGAGGAGGAGGUGGUGGUGGUGGUGCUGGCACUGGUGGCAGUGGUUCGCCACAGCAUGUGACCCACAAUGGACACGGGCAUGGUCACGGGCUGGGGGGCGUGGCAGCGGUGAGCGGAGGCGGAGCCAGUGUAUCCGGAAAUGGAGGCCAUCGCGUCGUGGGCGGAGCAGGCAGUCCCAAUGAACUGGACCGCAAUCUGCGCAUCUCCCUGGACGAUCGGGAGCUCUGGCUGCGUUUCCAGAAUCUCACCAACGAGAUGAUCGUCACCAAAAACGGCAGGCGCAUGUUCCCCGUCGUGAAGAUCAGUGCCUCCGGUCUGGAUCCCGCCGCCAUGUACACCGUCCUCCUGGAGUUCGUCCAGAUCGACUCACAUCGCUGGAAGUACGUCAACGGUGAAUGGGUUCCUGGUGGCAAGGCAGAGGUUCCCCCGUCAAAUCCCAUCUACGUACACCCCGAGUCACCCAAUUUUGGAGCCCACUGGAUGAAGGAGCCCAUCUCGUUUGCCAAAGUGAAGCUGACCAACAAGACCAAUGGCAAUGGACAGAUAAUGCUAAAUUCGUUGCACAAGUACGAACCACGUGUGCAUCUGGUUCGCGUGGGUUCCGAGCAGCGUCACGUGGUCACCUAUCCAUUUCCGGAAACGCAGUUUAUCGCGGUGACGGCAUAUCAGAAUGAGGAGGUGACCUCGCUGAAGAUCAAGUACAAUCCAUUUGCCAAGGCCUUUCUGGAUGCCAAAGAGCGACCGGAUACGCUGUAUCCGCACGACACCCACUACGGCUGGCUCAUCCCACCACCCACACAUUAUACGGCUGCGGCGGCCGCCGUGGCAGCUCCUCCUCCGUUGUCCAUCGCCCAGAGUCACGGCCUGGUGGCCUCGUGUCCCAGCGUUUCCUCGGCCGGAUCCGUGGGUCCCUCAUCGGGUGGUAGUUGCGAUCGCUACGGCAGAUCACUAUCCUCACGCAGUGUCGCACCCACUCGCACCACACCGUACAGUCGACCCAGGGUCGUUUCCGGAUCCGGAUCGAAUGGCAGUGCCGGCAAUGCAUCAUCCACAUCGCCGCAGCCGCCGUCGGCUCCGCAGACGCCAACCAGCCUGCACUCCACGUCCACUGGCUCCGUGAGCACCAGUGUGAGCAGCUCCAGCGGCGGCGGCAUCGGAUCUGCGCCGAGUACUGGUUGCUUCAGCAGUUCCUACGCCCAAUCCGGCUUCAUGCCGGUCGAAGCCAGUCCCACGGCGUCCGUGUUCUCCUAUCCCAGCAGCUGGCAGAGCAAUGGCAAUUACUGGAACGCCACCAGCGUGCCGGGACCCAUGCCCAUGAACGUGUGCAGUGGCCGCAACAUCUCCUCUCAUAACUCUCCGUCUCCGACGAACGGAUCCCCGAGCUAUACGACCUCCUCGCCCAGCUACACCAUCCACCACCUGACGCCCCACAGUCAUCAGUACAACAUGGCCCAAACGGACAUUUAUGGAACCGGAGUGGGCGUUGGCGGCGGGGCAGGAGCAACGGGAUCCCCGCAAGCGGCAUACGGUGCAGCUGCCCACCAGGUAUACCAUCCCACGCCCACCUCGCCCACCCACCAGCUGUACACGAAUGCUGUUCUCAAUGCGCCCUCGGCGCUAAGCUACUCCGCCGGUGGUUGGCACAACGGAUCCGGGGCGGAGUACGGUUUGUACCAGAACGCUGCCGCCGCGUACUACCAGCCGGAGUACAUUCCCCUGGAAAUCGGCUAUGCCACUCAUCCGUUGGAGCCCGUUGAUGUAUCAAAGACAUUGGACGACCCCCAGGCUGCCAUGUACAAGCCGAGCGACGAGCAGAGCUCGGUCAUAACGCUGGAGUGCGCCAGUUCCUCCCUGAAGAGCUCCCACGACAUCAAGAUAGAGUCCUCAUCCCUGGAGCACGCCGGGGAACGGGGCACCGUUGGCGGUGCAGCUGCAGUGGUCUCGGUGCCCACUGCCGUGGUGAAUGGAGCACCGGCCGUUGCUGCCGACACCUGGACCCCGCUCACUCCGCCACAGAGCACGCUGCAGUGAUCGGAUCAUCCCACGGAUAACCCCACAGCCUUUAGACGCAUGACCCCCCUGGAUGUUCGAUCGAGUUAGAAAUAAACGCCCUAUGUUAGUAACGCUAUUAGUAAAGCACUCCCAAUCGCAAUCGCACCUAUUGUAGAAUACAUUGUAUCUGUACGCUGUAAACAAUCUCCUAUAAAGUCGUAAUCAAACUAUA